UGCUUAGGAGAUUAUUCAAACAGCAUCUAUAAAAAGCUCUCCACUUCACGCUGUACUCAGAGUGGCAGUGAAGAACACUUGCUGUGGAAUAGCUGGAGAGCCUGUUGCAUGCCAUGACUGUGUUUUACCGGAUACUUCUCCUGUUGUCUGUGGCUGUGGCCUCUGUGGCUGCCCACAGUUCCCAGCGGACAACAAGAGGGUUACUAGAACUGGCAGGAGCCAUCAAAUGCAGCACAGGGAGAUCCGCUUUGGCUUACAUGAUGUACGGAUGCUACUGUGGACUGGGUGGUCAAGGCUGGCCCAGAGACAGGGCCGACUGGUGUUGCCACAGGCAUGAUUGCUGUUAUGGAGAUGCAGAACGUCUCGGCUGCCAAACCAAAACAGACCAGUAUCAGUGGACGUGUGAGGACAAGAAAGCUGAGUGCGAUGAUCUUGAGGACAAAUGUGAAAAGCUGCUGUGCAAGUGUGACAGAGAUGCUGCCAAAUGUCUGAGAAAAGCACCUUACAUCCAGAAAUACGCCCUAUGGCCGGAUUUUAUGUGUGGCUCCGAGCAUCCAAUGUGUAGUAUUUACUGACACAAUAAAUGCACCCUUAUAUUCCAGUGUGCCUUUUACAAAUACAAAAUGUUAAGCUCAUAGCACUUAUAAAACAUGCUUUAUAUUUUGUCUUUCAAGCUUUCUAUAGUAUGUAUCAUUAUCAGGUCUUUUAAUGAAAUUGUGGAAUGCAAUAAGAUGGGCAACAUGUAUUUUUGCAUAUGCUUUAUAUCAAAUGUUAUUUUAAUAAAGGACAAAACUGCUAUUAAAACCUAA